AUGGGUCUGCACGUUAUCGGUGUGUUUACUCUCCUUGGAAUCAUCCUGAACCACACAGUGGCUUUCGAAAAUGGGCGAGUGACUGUUUCAUGUGAAACAAUGACUCCAGACCAUGGGAGCACAUCGCAGAGGUCACCAAGCCCCUUCAUCAUCAGAGUGGACAAAGAUGUGUUCAUCCCAGGGGAUCAAAUCAAAGUUACACUUACUGGGAGACGCCCUGGAACUUCAUUCGAGGGAUUUCUUUUACAGGCACGAGAUGCUACUGACAUGAACAGCGAUCCUGUUGGAACCUUUAUCCUUAUAGAUAAGGCCUCCCAGCUCCUGGCAUGUGGGAAUGUAAAUGACUCGGCAGUCAGUCACACAAGUUCAUCAGGAAAGCACACAGUCACAGUACUGUGGAAUUCACUCACUGUAAAGAGAGACCAGGUGCAAUUUCUAGUCACAGUAGUUCAGAAAUUCAACACCUACUGGGUGCAAUUACAUGGCCCAGUAGUUUCACAACUGAAUGCAUCUCCACUGCCAAUACAGACUCCAUUAACUGUUCCAUCUUCUGUUCAGCUGUCUAAACCAUUCAACGUGACAGAAUGUGGCAGCCAGAGUUUCUGCCUGCGGGACCCACCUGGAUGUGACCCUGAGACAGAUCAAACCUGCUGCUUCUUCUCCUUUGCUGUGCAAGGCAGAUCCGUGCUGUUCCAGCUGAGUGGUCCUUCCCAGGGCUAUGUGUCUUUUGCACUCUCAGGUGACCAGUCGAUGGGGGCAGAUGACAUUUAUUUAUGUAUUGUCAUUGAUCAAAGCAUCCAGAUCCAUCCUGCUCAUUCCACUGGGCGCUCUCACCCAAUUCUGAACUCACAGGUUUCUAUUUAUGAUCUGGCUUGGAGGUUGGAAGAUGGUGUGAUCAAGUGUUCGUUCAGAAGAAAUAUCCAGCUUCCUGAACACAGUGAACGGUUUGAUCUGGAUAAGCACUAUUACAUAUUCUUAGCAGAAGGGAGAGCUGAGAACGGACGAAUUGAAAAACAUCACCGCCAGCCACUGAUCACACAGACGAAAGUUUACUUUGCAGGAGAACCCAAGGAGAUAACUGGCUCCCGAUCCCCACUCUCCAUCAAGGCUCACGGAGCUUUAAUGUUUAUCGGGUGGGUGACUACAGUCAAUGUUGGUGUUGUUGUAGCUCGCUUCUUUAAACCUGCCUGCCCAACCAGGACACUGUUUGGAGAAAGGCUUUGGUUUCAGGUGCACCGGAUACUGAUGGGAACCACAGUGCUGCUCACAUGCAUUGGAUGUAUCCUCCCUUUUCUGUACAGGGGUGGCUGGAGUCAUCAUGCAGGGGCUCAUCCAUACUUUGGAUGUGCGGUUCUUACAUUGAUAAUUAUUCAGCCGAUUCUUGCUAUCUUCAGGCCUCACCCACAAGCACCAAGAAGGUACAUUUUUGACUGGACACAUUGGGGUAUGGGGACUGCUGCUAGAGCAAUAGCACUUGCAGCAAUGUUCCUUGGAAUGGAUCUCCCGGCCUUAGAUCUCCAUAACCCAUGGGAUACAUCAGUCAUGGUUGGAUUUAUAACUUGGCAUGUUAUGACAGAACUAAUUCUGGAAACACAUAAUUAUUUAACGACUUAUAAAGAACUCGAAGCAAAAGAGGACAAAAUGAACAUAAUGGUUUCAAAUUCAGGCGAACUGAAUAACUUGCAGGUACACGCUUUACAGUUUAGUUUUUUUAUUAAAGGAAUUUUUGCCAGACCAGAAGUACAGAAAAUGCCAUUGAUUUUUCUUGUAAAUCACAAUGUACUGCAGUACAGUAUGAAAGUAAACUCAAUUUGAAUUACUGUUUAAUUCUGCCAUUACAGGCUCAUAGAUUUAAGAAGAUUGUAUUCGUAAUCUACAUCUGUGGAAAUUUAACAUUUCUAAUAAUGUUC